UAAGGAUAUAUGUGAGUUUAAGGAUAAACAGUCAAAGUUCAAACUGCGGUCAAGAAAAAUGGUUUUUUACAUCCAAUGAUCUUGAUCAAUUGUCAAAUUACAAUCAAUAGAUAAUCUUGUAAAUUAUUCUGUAUUUGGGAUGAAUCUUCUAAUCAGACUUACUACUAGUCAAUUGAUAAAGACUGCUUGUUGUACGUACGCUGAAUCAUCUCAUGUCACUCGGGAAGAAAACAAGUCGGGAAAUAUCCUCCUUAACCAUCACGUGCUUCAUUCAAAUAUUGUGUUCAUACCUACAAUUAAAUAGAACCACACUUUCCUUAUUUUUCACACCAUUCUUCAGCCUUCUCCUAUUUUCUAUUUCUUUCUUUCUUCUUUAAAACACAUCACAGAACAAAGUUAGUAACAUUUCACAUAGACUGGAACAAAACAAAACAGUAUCAUCACCAUGGACUGGAUUCGCGGACACUCACUUGGCAGCGGAAGCUUUGCCACCGUCAAUUUAGCCAUACCUACAAACUCUUCCUCGCAGUUCCGGUCUCCCACCGCCGUCAAAUCCUCCGAGGUUGACUUUUCGUCUUUGCUUCAAAACGAGGAACAAGUACUCAAUCGCCUAGGAUCAUGCCCGCAAAUCAUCAAGUGUUUUGGCCACGACCAAACCGUAGAAAAUGGCGAAGAGUACUAUAAUCUAUUUCUUGAAUAUGCUGCCCGUGGAACUCUUUCUGAUCAGCUGAAGAAUCAUGGUGGCCGGUUACCUGAAACCCUCGUACGCCGAUACACAAGGUCCAUACUCGAAGGUCUUAAGCAUGUACACGCAGAGGGGUUCGUCCACUGUGACAUCAAGCUGCAAAACAUUCUUGUUUUUGACAAUGAGGUUAAGAUUGCGGAUUUUGGGCUAGCAAAGGAAACAGGGGAGCAGAAACAGAGCACCAAGUGGGAUUGCAGGGGAACUCCCUUGUUUAUGUCGCCGGAAUCAGUGAACGACAGUGAGUACGAGUCUCCCGGUGAUAUAUGGGCUCUCGGCUGCGCCGUGGUUGAGAUGGUGACCGGAAAGCCGGCGUGGAAUGUGCUAAGCGGGGCAAAUAUAUGGUCAUUGUUGAUUCGAAUUGGGGUCGGAGACGAGUUGCCGUUGAUUCCUGAGGAAUUGUCAAAGGAGGGUAAGGAUUUUCUGGAGAAGUGUUUUGUUAAGGAUCCGAGGAAGCGAUGGAGUGCAGAGAUGCUUUUGAAGCACCCUUUCAUCAUUGAAGUAGCAGAUGAUACUGCUUCAUUGCCAUUGGAGCCAGUGAAAGAGUUAUUACUAUCUUUAUCGCCAAGAAACCACUUUGAACUUUUUGAUUGGGCUUCCACUGUGAAGAGUUCAGUUACAACUUCACCGGAUUCCGAUGAAUGGAGCAGAGAAUCUUGUUUAUGUUCGUCAGGGGAGAGGCUCCGACGGCUGGUGACGGAUCAGAGGCCAACAGAUUGGUCAGAAUCGGGUAGCUGGACUGUUGUUAGGAGUAGUUAGAGUUUUCAAUAUUCAUAUUCAUGGCUUGUUACUUUUAACAGAGUAGGACCAAUUCAAAGUAACUAUGUGAUUUUUCAAUGUUCACAACUUGGUAGGAAGAGGAAUAGGAUUUUGAUUCAUGCUUUUGUGCCACUCAAGGCACUGUACUGUGUAUAGAGAUUCUUUUUUAUAAAUACACAAUUUUGUUCAUCUUUUAUUUCA